AUGGAUCUCCAGGUGGAUCCCCAGAUAAUUCCCCAGAUGGACGAAUUCCCCCCUCCGCCGUCGCAAGAGGAAAUCAACGACAGAAUCAAACAACUGGCCAUCAAACAUAACGUCAACCAUCGCAAACUCAUGUUGAAAAUCGACAUCUGCGUCGUUCCCCUGACUUGUCUACUCUAUGUCCUGGCGUUUCUGGACCGAGUCAACGUUUCCAAUGCCAAUGUUUAUGGCAUGUCCGAGGAUCUGAAUAUGACCGGCAACAAGUUCAACACCGCUCUGGCCAUCUUCUUUGUGCCCUACGUCAUUGCCGAGAUUCCUUCCAAUUGGCUCAUGAAGAAGUUCAAGCCCCAUGUCUGGUUGACGGGGUGUAUGACUCUGUUUGGAGUCUGUCUCCUGGGUCAGGGGUUUGUUCGAACCUACGGACAACUGCUGGCCACCCGAUUUCUGCUCGGGCUGUUCGAAGCAGGCAUGUUUCCGGGCUGCUUCUACCUGCUGUCCAUGUGGUAUCGCCGAGAGGAGGCCCAGAAACGAUACUCCUUCUUCUUCUCGUCCACCACCCUGGCCGGAGCGUUCGGUGGCCUCAUUGCCGCUGGUAUCCACAACCUGGACCACGACAGAGGCAUUCGAUCGUGGCAAUGGAUCUUUAUCAUCGAAGGAGCGUGCACAGCUACCAUUGGAAUUCUCAUGAUUUUUUGCCUGGCGGACUUCCCCGAGGAGGCGCGGUUUCUCAAACAGAACGAACGGGACUUCAUCAAGGAGAAACUGGAGAUUGGAAACGCCGGAGUGUCGGAAUACGAACGUUCCAUGACUCGCAAAGACCUGGCGUUUGUCUUCUCCGACUGGAAGGUCUGGAUCUCCGGACUCCUGUACUUUGGAUACAUUGUUCCGGCCUAUGGAUACGCCUACUUUGGCACCGCCAUCGUCAAGGGUUUGGGAUACUCGCCGGUCAUGACCCAACUGUACUCGGUGCCGCCCUGGGUGGCGGGAUUUGGCUUCUCCAUGGUGUCGGCGGCGUUUUCCGACCACUUUCGACACCGGUUUGCGUUUGCCUUCUUUGCGGGAAUCGUCGCGGUGGCGGGAUUUGGACUUCUCAUGGGACAAACAAAACAUAUCGGCAUCCGAUACGGCUCGCUGUUCAUGAUAUGCGCAGGAACAUACACGGCCAUGCCAAUUCUGGUGUGCUGGACUCAAAUGAACUUCUCGGGACACCACCGAAAGGCCAUUGCGUCGGGCUGGCAGAUUGGUUUCGGAAACACGGCGGGGUUCAUUUCGACGUUUAUCUUCGAGGCAAACGAGGCGCCCACCUAUCCAACCGCGCUCGACGUGUGUCUGGCCUUUACCGCCUUUUCCACCGUGCUCCUCGCGGUCUAUUUUGCCGCCAUCUGGGCUGACAACAGGUACAAGCGAACGGAAAAGUACCGUCAAAAGUUCCGAUCGUGGCCCAAGGAGAAACAGCAGUUGGCCGGAGAACUUCAUCCUAGUAUUUUCUAUAGUUAUUAG